AUGGCCAGCAUCGACCGCUAUCGCCCUCCGCGAGAGGGAUAUCAGCCUCCUAGCCUCCAAGGGUCCGCGCGCCAUGAAAGGCCAUCCCGAUCGCCUCCUCGACGUCGCGAGGUCCCUCCGGCGGCGCCUACGCCCCCUCAGCACAGCGCGCGAACGUCUCCUCCACGGCCGCAGGCAACAUCCAGCCAACAGACACCGUUGCGAUCCGGGGAGGAAACACCGCUGGCGCUGCCGAAUCAAUGGUUCUUCACCACGGACGAGGUCCACAGCACACCCUCCAUCAUUGACGGAAUUUCUCCCGCGGAGGAGAGGCUUCGGAGAGCGAAGGGAAUCAACUUUAUAUACCAGGCUGGUGUGAUGCUCGACCUACCGCAGAUUACACUAUGGGUAGCUGGAGUAUUCUUUCACAGAUUCUACAUGCGUUUUAGCAUGGUUCAAGAGAAGGGCGGCAUUCAUCAUUACAAUAUCGCCGCAACUUCCUUAUUUCUUGCCAAUAAGACAGAGGAAAACUGCAGAAAAACCAAAGAAAUCAUCAUCGCCGUUGCUAGGGUCGCUCAGAAAAACGCAAAAUUGAUUAUUGAUGAGCAGAGCAAAGAGUACUGGCGAUGGAGAGAUAGCAUAUUAACUUACGAAGAAGUUAUGCUGGAACAACUAGCUUUCGACCUGAUGAUUGACAAUCCAUAUCGCCAUCUUUUCGAGCUUCUUGGGCAGUUGGAGGUCAUCCACAACAAGCAUCUGCGGCAGGCAGCCUGGGCAUUCUGCAACGACGCAUGCCUUACAGCCCUGCCGCUUCUGAUUGAAGCAAGAGAUGUCGCCAUCAGCUCCAUCUACUUUGCUUGUGCCCACACAAACCAACAGAUUGACGAUGUGAAUGGUGAAGGUUGGUGGAAGUUUUUGAAAGGGAGCGAAGAUUGCUGUACAAAGGCUAUUGAGGUGAUGCGUCAGUUUUACACGGAGAAUCCGCUUAGAAAGCAGAACCCGUCGCUGCCAUCACCUGCCUUCCAUCUUGAAAACACAAGGAGGCGAAAUGACGAUUUGUCUUCCAACGCUGCAACACCGAUGGAACUCGACCGAGAAAGCCACAGCCCAGCCCCCAAGGCAAACGGAGGGACAGACAGACAUUCGGACGGGAGGGACAAGGAGCACGACUCCUUAAAGGUACCAGGCGAUGGUGAAUACGCACCGCGGUCGCCCAUUAAGAGAAAAGAUACAGAAGUCGAGAUGUCGGCGGAAAGUGAAAGAGCUGAAAAGAGGGCCAGGCUCUCGGAAGAUGAAGAGGGCGAGCUGGUGGAAGAUUAA